AUGGAUUGGUUCAAUUUGGAUUUACCGGCGAUCCCCGUCCGCGAAGAGUCCAUCCAAAUCAUCAAUGAGCCGAGCGAAUUCUACGAGGUUUUGAUCGAUGAGACGAAACGGGCGGAAAAACGCGUAUUUUGGAGCAGCUUAUACCUUGGAGAGGGGCAGCUCGAGAAGCUACUGGUAUCGACACUAGAUGAAGCUCUUACAAGAAACGACCGUUUGGAGAUGACUGCUAACCUCUCCGAUAGCUACUUUACUAAUCGACAAGACCGCUAUAUUUUGUUCAAGAAUGUGCCCGAGCUGGCCAACUUUUUCUGUGAUGUUAUAGCAGAGGUUUCUAAAUCUUCUUUCGUACUGCAACCUGAUGGCUCGGCGAUACCUCACCGGGAGUGUGAGGUGCACCCGUUUUUAGGUGAUUCUGUUGAAUAUCGACGGCGCUUUCAGAAGCAGAUUGAAGGGUGUAUAGAACGGCUGAAAGUGUCGAUCCGCUCGAUGAAUCAAGGGGCCGACACCUUCCUUUAUCCGCUUCUCCAAAUGGGCCCCUUCAACAUCCAUCAAGAAUAUGAUUUUCUGAAGAGAUUAUUUGAGACGAAGACAUCGGCACUGGAAAUAAUUAUGGCGUCCGGAUAUUUCAACUGUAUCGACGAGUAUAUCGAGCGGAUUUUUGGUGUUGGAGAGUACGGGAUGGAGGUGCUGGUCGCUGCGCCAGAGGCCAACGGAUUUUUCGGGGCGGCCGGAGCUUCGAAAUACGUGCCUAGCAUGUACUCCUGGAUCGCCAAGGAUUUUCUGAAAAUUUCUGGGCGGAAUUCGAAGCGUCAGAUCGAUCUCCGAGAAUAUAAGCGGCCCGGCUGGACAUUCCACGCGAAAGGACUAUGGAUGUGCGAUGAGGGUGUGGCGGCUACAUUGAUUGGGUCCAGCAAUUAUGGCUAUCGUUCCGUUCACCGCGAUCUGGAAGCCCAAGUACUCUUGGUCACCAAGAACGAGAAGCUGAAAUCGAGAAGCCGCGAUCCUGCCGUGCUCGACGCGUGCGACGUCGUCGUGGAUGUCGGUGGCGUUUACAGCCAUGAUAAGAAGCGAUAUGAUCAUCACCAAAAGGACUUCGACAAUUCAAUGCAGUCGCUUGGUAUCCUCGAUUUCUCGACGAAACUCUCGUCGGCCGGACUGAUCUACGCCCACUAUGGCCGAGCGAUUAUUGCUGAGGUGCUAAAGAUCGAUCAGGAUGACCCUCGGGUGAACAUCUUUUAUCGCCGACUCUAUGAGACGUUCGUCGAGCAGAUUGACGCCGUCGAUAACGGAAUUCAGCAGUAUGAUGGGGUGCCCAGGUAUCUCUCGUCGGAUAGCAUUUCCGCUCGGGUCGGCGGCUUGAAUCCGAAUUGGAAUGAAGACGACGUUAACCCCAACGCAAGGUUCACCGAUGCUAUGAAACUGGUCGGCGGGACGUUCCUCGAGCACUUGCACUAUUUGAAUGGCGUCUGGUGGCCUGCACGGCAAAUUGUCGUCGAGUCGGUGAAGAAUCGAGAAGCGAUUGAUCCGUCUGGCCGAAUUCUGACGAUGGAGAACGGGGGUGUGCCGUGGAAAGAGCACUUUUUCGAUAUUGAGGAAACGCUGGGCCUGACCGGUUCGCGCAUGACUUACAUGCUCUUUGGCGACUCGACGUCUUCCGGCUGGCGCGUCCAGGCUAUCCCCAGCGACAGGAGAGCCAACUUCCAAAACCGCGGACCCCUACCAAAGAAGUGGCGAGGCUUGAGGGACGAGGAGCUUUCCAGUGUUGUCGGUGUUGAAGGCUGCGUAUUCGUGCACAUGACGGGCUUCAUCGGCGGGCACAAAACCCGCGAGGGUGCCAUCGAGAUGGCCCGACGGGCCCUCCCCAUUGUCGACAAGGAGAUGGAGGAGGAGGUCGCGGAAAAGAAGGCCAAGCUCGGCAGUGGGGACGACGCC